GUUCAUCUUGUUUCAUCUCCAUCUCCAUCCCAUCCCCAUCCAUCUCCAUCUCUCUACCACCAAAAUAAGCCGUCUUUCCUCUCUCGCGCUCGAAAAAAUGGCAGAUAUCAACAGCGUUGCAAAGCAGUUCACGGAUUUCUAUUACACUACCUUCGACUCGAAUCGAGCCAGCCUUCAGACUCUCUAUCGCGAGAACUCGAUGCUCUCCUUCGAGGGUGCACAGACUCUCGGUGCACCGAACAUUAGUGAAAAACUUUCCUCGCUACCCUUUGAGCGCGUACAACACAAAGUCACCACAAUUGACGCGCAGCCGUCCUCCCCCACCGCUGCAAGCCUCAUCGUCAGCGUCACCGGACUCCUACUCGUCGACGACAGCCCGAACCCGCUCCAGUUCAGCCAAAUCUUCCAUCUUAUUCCCGAUGCCGGGAGCUACUACGUAUUUAACGACAUCUUCCGGCUCAAUUACGGCGCGUAAUGAUCGGCCGAUUUUUAGCGUGCUCACGGUAUUCUUGUAGAAAGAAGUAGAAGCAAGGAGAAAGAAAGAAAGAAGACGUUUACUUUUGUUGUUUUUUUGAUAUUCCAUCUCACACUGUUGUGUUAUUUUUCUCUCUCUUUCUAUUCCGUUUCCUCCCUUACCUUUGUUUGUUUUCAUUGACGCCUAUGUUUGUGAGUCUGGGUUCGUGCGCUGCGGUGUUGUAUUCAUCAGCGAGAAGAACUCACUCAGGCCCGUGUAAUAUUUUUCUUUC